AUGCUACAAGAGUUUGUUGCUUUAUUAUCGUUAUUUGCUGAAGCAACAACAGCCACACAACGACAAAAUUCUCCAUCUAUAUCGUUUGUGGCACCAAGUAUAUUAGCUAUUUAUUUUGAUUUAAUCAAUGAAAAGAAAAAUAUACAAUAUACAACAGCAUUAUGUGAUGCUUUAUUAUCUUCAUUAUUAUCAAAAUUUGGUGGUUUACUUGAACAAAUGGAAGUUGACCUUAAUGAACUUAAUAUUAAUUUUCAAAUGAAGGAAAAGUUUUAUGAUCUUUAUAAAGAUCUAGUUUUUCUUUUUUCUUCGUUCCUCGAUGGAAUGUUUAAAAUUCAUUGGAUUACUGAAUCUUUACUUCCUGAUUCAACAAAAGAACGACUAUGUGAAAAAAUUAACAACAUAGUAUUUGAUCAUUGUUUUCUUAUUGAAUAUGAACAUCGUGCUCGAACUGUUCCAGUUGAUAUAAAUUUAACAGAAAUACAUCAAGAAGUACAAAGUACUUCAUUAUCAAGCUCAACUAGUUCUAAAAGAAAAUGUCUGUUUGGAAAUAUUAAAAAUGAUAUAACACUUACCAAAAAAAGUAAAAAUUAUUGA